UGAAAUGGUUACUCGUUGCACGUGGUAAGAAUCUCCCUUUAUCUGGACCAUUAUUGAAGCAAAAGGCCACAGAUUUUGCGGAAGCACUAGGACCCCACGAAUUUGAGGCAAGUACAGAUUGGUUAGACAAGUUCAAAAGUCGGCAUGGCGUUAUUCAAAAGACAUUAUGUGGGGAAAGUGCUGAUGCCAACAUAGAAAGCCGUGAUGAAUGGGUAACGAACGUCUUACCGAAAUUAAUUGAAAAUUACAACAUUAACGACAUUUAUAAUGCCGACGAGCAGAGCCGUAGAGAGCAUAUCCGGGCCCCGGGGGAAAAUUGCAAGUGCGGGCCCUUUCCAAUAAUGUCUAAUUCUUAUAAAUACGUAUAAUCUCGAGUCCGGGCCCCUCUGAGAACUCCGGCCCCGCGGGAAAAAGUACCCUGCACUGCCCACCCUAAAGAUGUAAGAGACAAGUUGAGAAACAUUCAUCUCGCUUAUUUUCCUCCCAACAUGACUUCGUUACUGCAACCAAUGGACCAAGGCAUUAUCUACAACAUGAAACAACAUUACAGAAAACGAAUUUUAACGAAUAUAUUGACUCAAGUGGAUGAGGGAAAUUCUGUUAUGGCCAUAGACUUGCUGCAAGCAGUUCGAAAUCUUAGCAAUAUAUGGAAUGUCUGUGUUAAACCAGAAACAAUUGCCAACUGUUUUAAAAAGGCUGGAUUUUCAAAAGAUGCUAUUCAGAUUCCAUUUGAGCAUUGGGAUGAAGAGGACCUUCUUUCAAAAUCGGAUUUGGCUGCUUUACAGUCUUCAUUUAAAAAAGUAGCAAAUAUCGAAGCAUCGUUUGAUGACUACGUAAAUGUUGAUAAUGGUGUGCAGACUUGGGACAACCCAUCCGAAGAAGAUAUUCUCAACAGCAUUUUUGAAAGUCGCGGAGUUCCAGCUGAACCUGAUAACGAUGAACACGAUUUGACCGUUGAAGAAUUGGCAGAAACUGAGGAGGCAUUACCUACGUUGAUACAAGCUGCUUCAUCCAUUAGCGAAAUUAGAACCUUUGUGGAAAUCAGGAGUGACGUGCCGAUUAAUGUUUUCAACUCUCUACAUGAUUUGGAAGCUUUUAUUGAAAAUGAAAAAUGGAAGACUGUAAUUCAAACCAAACUCACUGAUUAUUUUAAAUAAAAUUACAUAAAAAAUCAAUGUUUCUUUAUAAUGAAGUUUCUAUAUAGUGAAGUGAUUUUCAGGUCCCGUGCGAGUUCACUAUAUGGAA